UGAGAACUUUGUUUGACCUUCGAUACCUUAUGCAAGUCUAAAUAUUUAGCUGGUAAUACCACCUCUACUACUUUUGUAUGCAGCAAAAAGAGGUUACGAGUAGCACUGAGCCUCUGUUGUUGAUGUCUGCUGGCUCCCCUGUGGGAGUUUUCACGUGACCGCUGAAGUGAGCUCGUGCGCCUCUGAAGCAGCUCAAACGGAAACACCGUAUAGUUGUGAGCUCGGUAGCUGCCACAUCACUUUAGUAAUAGUUAUAGGGGACGCCUGUGAUUUGUCGAAGAUGUUUUCACUCGGGGAGAAGAUGGAGUUCCUCAUCGGAAACCCCUUUUCGACGCCGGUCGGUCAGAGAAUCGAGCGAGCGACGAGCGGCGCUCUGCAGUCCGAGGACUGGGAGCUCAACAUGGAGAUAUGUGACAUCAUCAACGAGACAGACGAGGGGCCCAGAGAUGCAGUCAAAGCUAUUAAGAAGAGAAUCGUGGUAAACAAGAACUUCAGAGAGAUCAUGUUGGCCCUCACGGUUCUCGAGGCCUGUGUGAAGAACUGUGGCCACCGCUUCCACAUCCUGGUGGCGUCGCAGGAGUUCACUGAAGGCGUGUUGGUGCAUUCCAUUCUGCCCAAAUUCAACCCCCCCUCGUCCCUCCAUGAUCGGGUGCUCAGCCUCAUCCAGUCGUGGGCCGAUGCGUUCCGUAACUCUCCCUCCCUGGCGGGGGUGGUGUGCGUAUACGACGACCUGAGGAGACGCGGUCUGGAGUUCCCCAUGACGGAUCUGGAUGCUCUGUCCCCCAUCCACACGCCCAACAGGAGCAUACCGGAAAACGAGACCCCCGGAACGACGAACGCCGUCGCUGCUCCCACGCAGCAGUCACGAUCACAAGCACCUCCCGGUGUUCCCACUAUGGCACCUCCAGCCCAGUCCAGUGGGGGACCGGCCUCCCUCUCUGCAGAACAGGAACGGAAGCUCAGAAAAGAGCUGUCGCUGGUGAAGGGAAAUCUCACCGUGAUGACAGAGCUGCUGAACGAGCUCAUACCUGGACAGAGCCAGCAGGAUGACACAGAGCUGCUGCAGCAGCUGUACUCGGUGUGUAAGAGCAUGCAGACUCGCGUGGUGGAGCUCAUCCCCCAGCUGCUGGAUGAAGGGUUCGUUGGAGAGCUGCUCGUGGUCAACGACGACCUGAACAACACCUGCAUCCGCUGCGAGAGGUUCGACAGAAUAAACAAGGCACAAAUUCCAAAUGUUCAACAGCAGAGCUCCACCACCAGCCGGAGCCUCGCCAACAUCAGCCAACCGGCCGUCAUCACAACAACCAGCCAACCGGCAGUCAGCAACGCCGCUGCCGCCGCCGCCAGUCUGCCGCAGUCAGCCGAUCACAGAGAGGAGGGGGAGUUUGACAUGUUUGCCCAGACGAGAGGAAGCUCCCUGGCUGAGCAGAGGAAAAGUGUCAGGUAUGAGGACCCGGGAGCUGUGGAGGGCCUUGCUGGAGCUCUGGAUACGAGGUUGCAGGCCACAGGAGGGAUGCCACCGGCGAAAAACUCUCCGCAGAACCAUGUGGAUAAAUGGUUGUCUUGCGAUAUGGAAGACAAGUCUUCAGUGAGUGAGGGAGUUUCCAGUGCAGAGUUUGAUCAGUUUCUGGAAGAUCGGGCGCUGGCGUCGGACCACAGAGGGGAAGCUAAUCGAAGCUCGCCGCCCUCCACGUCCAGAGCGCCGCCGCCGCAAUCUGCCCGGCAACAGGAAAAAUCGGACCAACUUUUCUCACUUUGAGUUUGAGGACAAACAGGAGAAGCUGUUGGGCGUAAAUGUCAACAUGCAUUUUUAAUAUUCAUAUACAAAAAAAAUGCCCACAAUCACACACACAUGCUGUGUUAAGUCAGGUUUCCUCUGAACACACACACACACACACACACACACAAUAAACCUGACCCUACUGAUACUACCUGCUGCCUAAUCAACUCAUUGCAUAAAAGCAAUGAUUCUUAAUUCCUGCUCUUUGUUAUCUUUAUGCACAUAUAAAAAACAUCCUAUGUCUGUAUUUAUAAAAAAUAUAUUAUUAUAACGUCGCUGUCCAAAAAAACUUUAAAUUGCGACAAUUGUUGAGAAUGAAGUAUAAUGUCGAAAAUAUGUUGGACACCACGCCAUUGUGUGCCUUUUGACCCAGACUUGUGUAGAUGAGAAUAAAUGUGGGUUAUCAUCCUGUAA